CUCUGAACUCAGACCCAUGUGGCUCAGCAUGAUCUUCGUAAGCGGGACCGGGAUGCAAUCAAGGGAUCCCAGGGUCGAGGGCAGACAUCAUAGUGGGCCGCGGGCGAGCGAUCAUCGUGGGCUGGGGGCCCAAUCGUCGAUGAGGAUCGAUUGCUGGACAAAGGGCAGCGAUGGCAUCGAGGGGUGUCAACCCUCUCACCCCGGGUGGGCGGCAGGGCGACCUUGAAGCGCUACAAAAUGGGGCUUCGUGCAGUCUUCUGAUCCCCUCCCUCUUCACUGCACCCGACUCGCAGCCCAGAUUCACCGCAACCCAACCAUGCUCCCCGUGUUCCACCUCCUCCUCCUCACCUUCCUGUUCAGCCUCCUAUCCCUCCACCCCUCGCCCAGCCGCGCAGCCGAGCCCAUCCGUCUAGGCGUGUGCACCUCAUCCACCACGGGCUGCUCCUACGACCUAGACGUGUAUGGCGACCCCAAUGGGGAUCAAGGCAUCCCACCCACGGACAAGGCGGGCCACAAUAUCCCUUGCUUGAGCUUCAAGGCCCUCGUGUCCAACAUCAAGGUGUGUGCCUGCGAUAAAUGCGCUAAGUGCCCCGCAGACCAGUGCAACGCUGUUGCUAAUGGGGCUUGUGGGAGUAGCGGUUCGACUGGACAGUUUCGCAGCGUCUGCAAGAGUUCCAUCACUUAAAGGCCAGCCCGAGACGCCACCGGCCAACGGCGACUCGCCAUUGCCAAGCAAGCCAGGCUAGGGCUUCAUCAUCAAAGUCGGGGGCGGCCCGGUCGUCGACACCAAGCAGCUCGUCUCCUCGCCACAGAAGAACAAUCAAGAGAGAAACAGGCGUGGGCCUUCCUUCCUCUUUCUCCUCUGAUCCAAACUCACACUUCGACUCGAAGACGAAGAGAUGAGAACAUAUCAAUCGCGCUCGAUCAAAUCAAUGUCUCAUGCCCU